CUCCUUUCACAAUUGGUCCCUCGAUCAUUUUUCCUGUCUAGAAUUAUCAGUUGGUUUCAAGCUAAAUCUUUUUGUAAAAUAAUUUCGUGAAAUUGAAGAGAAGUCUCAAAUCCGUCACUUUUAGUUGCACCUGCUUUAAUGUUCCGUUAAUUUUGGUUUGGGGAAAGGAAGCUUGGAUUUUUCAGUUAAAUGAAGUGAUUUUUCGAAAUAGGUUGAAUCUGCAUUCUGACUUUGAAUUCUGCAGUUCGUUGUUCAUCGGUAUUAUUUUCUGAUGUUAGAGAAAAGAUCAGAUUUUAAAACAUUGAAGUGAGAUCUGCCAGGAAUUUAGAUACUAUCCGGUAAUUUAAGUCUCCAAACAAAUGGGGUUUGACUUGGGAACUACGCUACAAAAGAUGAACAUCUUAUCGGUCACUGAUGAAACUUCAGUGGUUGCCAUUACCUUAUUUGUCACACUCCUUUGCGCAUGUAUUGUGAUCGGUCACCUCUUGGAGGAAAAUCGCUGGAUGAAUGAAUCCAUCACGGCCCUUUUAAUUGGUGUAUGCACUGGAGUUGGGAUUCUACUAAUAAGUGGUGGAAAAAGCUCACGUCUUUUGAUCUUUAGCGAAGAUCUUUUCUUCAUUUAUCUUCUUCCACCAAUCAUUUUUAAUGCUGGGUUCCAGGUCAAAAAGAAACAAUUCUUUCGCAAUUUCUCAACUAUAAUGCUGUUUGGAGCAAUUGGUACUUUGAUUUCAUUCGUCGUUAUAUCAUUGGGUGCUAUUGGCCUUCUCCAGCAAAUGGAUAUUAACCUGUCAAUUGGAGAAUAUCUUGCACUUGGAGCAAUUUUCGCUGCAACAGAUUCAGUUUGCACCUUGCAGGUCUUAAAUCAGGAUGAGACACCUUUGUUGUACAGUCUAGUCUUUGGGGAAGGAGUCGUAAAUGAUGCGACAUCCGUGGUUCUCUUCAAUGCAGUCCAGAACCUUGACCUGACUCAUAUAAACACCACUAUAGCUUUGGAGCUAUUUGGGAAUUUUUUGUAUUUGUUCAUAACAAGCACCAUAUUGGGAGUUGUUGCUGGACUGCUUAGUGCAUACGUCAUAAAGAAGCUCUACUUUGGAAGGCAUUCCACAGAUCGUGAGGUUGCCAUUAUGAUGCUUUUGGCAUACCUUUCCUACAUGCUGUCCGAAUUAUUCAAUUUAAGCGCUAUACUCACUGUGUUCUUCUGCGGCAUUGUGAUGUCACACUACACUUGGCAUAAUGUCACCGAGAACUCAAGAGUCACCACCAAGCACACCUUUGCCACUUUGUCAUUUGUUGCUGAGAUAUUCAUAUUUCUUUAUGUUGGAAUGGAUGCUCUGGACAUUGAGAAGUGGCGUAUUGUAAGUAGCAGCCUGAAGACGUCAAUUUCUGUCAGUGGAAUUCUGUUGGGAUUGGUUUUAGUUGGACGAGCAGCCUUCAUUUUUCCUCUAUCGUUCCUGUCUAACUUGACCAAGAAGUCUCCAUAUAAGAAAAUCGACUUUAAGAAGCAAAUUACAAUAUGGUGGGCUGGUCUUAUGCGAGGUGCUGUUUCGAUGGCGCUUGCUUAUAAACAGUUUACGAGUUCGGGGCACACCAAUGUACGUGAUAAUGCUAUCAUGAUUACCAGUACCAUUAUAGUUGUUCUUUUCAGCACCGUGGUGUUUGGCUUGAUCACUAAACCUCUGGUGAGGUUCUUACUGCCUUCAUCAAAACAAUUAACCAGAAUGAUUUCAUCGGAGCCUGUUACCCCACAUUCCAUCACGCUGCCACUUCUUGGUGGUGAGCAGGACUCCUUAACUAAUCUGUAUGGACAAAGCAUAACAAACGGACAAACUUCAGAAGCUAGUGGAGUUGACCAAAAUGUGCCCCGUCCAAACAGUUUACGGAUGCUCCUAUCCCCUCGUACUGUCCAUUAUUAUUGGAGAAAAUUCGAUAAUGCUUUCAUGCGUCCUGUUUUUGGCGGACGUGGUUUCGUUCCUUUCAUACCUGGCUCGCCAAUCGAAAGAAGUGUGCAUCGUUUUCCAGAAGAACCUGAAAGAGCUGAAAGAACACUGAAUUAGAUCAUCAGCCCUGUGUUACUAGAUAUGUUGUACAUGAUCAAUUUUGGCUUUCAUUUGUUAAUAUUAUAGUGGAUUUCGUUAUUGAGAUCAAGCGGAUGUAUAGAAUAGCAAGGAUUGUAAAAUUAUUUGUUUUGUGAUGCUCACUUACCUAAUAGUUUGUGUGGGAAACUGGAAUGUUAGAUAAACGCCAUACUAUUGUAUAUUGUUUUCUUCUCGUACAUGAGUUAAUAUCAGAAUCCAAUAGUAAUUUAUAGCCAUGCCA